AUGACAUGGGAUAAAGUCCAAACUGUGGAACAAGCUGGACUUCGCAAUGGUGCGUGGAUCACAUCAAAGAGUUUCGAGGAUCGAGGUUUGCCGACAGUAUCACCUAUGAAAAAGCAUUUGACAGCGUCGAGACUAAUGCCAUACUGCCAGCGAUCGUCGACCAAGGGGUGCACCCAUUUUACGCGAGGACAUUGGCCGACCACAAGAACUGCUCUACAACAGUACAACCGUCCUCAUAGGUUCGAUACUCCAGAGACAAGACAAUAA